AUCAAAACACUACUCUUUGCCUAUAUAUAUACAUAUCCCCAUCAAAACACAAACCUCACAAAUCACAAACCAAAAUUUAUCAAACAACAAAUAGAGAUAGAAUAGAACCACCAAAAAAAAAAAAAGGGUAGAAUUUGAAGAUGAGCAUAGAAGAAAAAAGCUCAGUUCAAAAGGCAGCUGAUAAGUACAGGUCUUUCUUACAUGAAGAGUCCAAAAACACCGUUUGGAGACACGGCGGCCCGCCCACAUAUGACUCCGUUAACCAACUGUUCGAGGAAGGCCGGACCAAGGAGUGGCCUAAAGGGUCUUUAGAAGAGGUGGUUCAAAAUGCUAUCAAGUCAUGGGAGAUGGAGCUGUCCCACAAGACCCGUAUUCAAGAUUUCAGGACCAUAAGUCCUGAAAAAUUCAAGCUUGUCGUUAAUGGACGUAAGGGACUAUCAGCCGAAGAAACACUUAGGCUCGGAAGCUACAACGCGUUGUUAAAAAGCUCGAUGCCCGAUGAAUUCAAGUACUAUAAAGCCGAUGAGGAGAGUUUCGAGUCAUCACACGACCUUUUUCGGUCGGCCCUUCCUCGUGGGUUUGCAUGGGAAGUGGUGGCCGUGUACUCUGGCCCGCCUGUGAUUGCCUUCAAAUUCAGGCAUUGGGGCUAUUUUGAAGGGCCUUUCAAGGGCCAUGGCCCAACUGGGGAAUUGGUCCAGUUUUAUGGUGUUGGGGUUCUCAAAGUGGAUGAGUCCCUGAGGGCUGAGGAUGUGGAGAUUUACUAUGAUCCAGCAGAGCUAUUUGCUGGGCUGCUUAAAGGGCCUUCUGUUACUGGGCAGGGUUCUGUUGCUCCAUCUGACACAAAAUGCCCUUUCAAGGCCCAGUAAAGCUUUUCCUGGCCUAAUAACUUCGUUAUAAGUUCGUUUGUCAAAUAAAGGAUGUUGUUAUUGUUGUGUUUCGGCCCCUUGUAUGUCUAAAGUCUGCAUGCUUUUCCAAUGUAAUGAAUAAAACUUUUUAAUCAAUUUGUUUUUCAUGCUAAACUUACAAGAAAAACAGUAUCUGAACAGUAUAUGUUCUUACAAAUUACAAUAAAGAUGAAAAAAAUCGAUGAACAAGGUAACCAUUACCACAUCAUCACAAAGACAUAGGUUUUGAAAUGUUUUAAUUACCAUGCGUUCUUGAUUAGUAAUCAAGGGAUUUGAUUUAAUUAAUUU